AUGGGGAUCACGGUUGAUGAACAGAACCAUGCUUCACGCUCACACGAGCCUAUCGCCAUCGUGGGCAUGGCCAUGCGGCUGCCUGGCAGAGUAAUCGACAGCGAAUCCUUUUGGCGGAUGCUAAUCGAGAAGCGAAGUGGGCUUUGUGACGUGCCGAAGGACCGGUAUCACCUGGACGCCUUCCACGAUCCGCAUGGCAAGCCGGGAACGGUGCGCAUGCGACAGGGCUACUUUCUCGACGACGUUGAUGUCCGCCAAUUUGAUAGCAAUGUCUUUUCUAGCCCCAAGAAAGAGCUAGAACGACUGGAUCCGCAGCAGCGCCAGCUCCUCGAAGUCUCGUAUGAGUGCCUAGAGAAUGCGGGAUGCACCCUGUGGCGGGGUCGAAAGAUCGGCUGCUACGUCGGCGUGUUUGGCCAGGACUGGUUGGACUUGAAUGCAAAGGAGACACAGCAUAUGGGUGCCUAUCGCGUUACGGGCUAUGAUGACUUUGUGCUGGGGAAUCGUAUUUCGUACGAAUUUGAUCUCCGCGGCCCUAGCAUGACCAUAAAGACGGGAUGCUCCUCAUCAUUGGUAUGCCUCGACCUCGCCUGUAAGGCGCUGCGCGACGGUGACUGUGAGGGUGCAUUGGUUGGUGGAACAAGCUUAAUCUUUUCGCCUACCAUGAGCCUGGCACUUAGUGAUCAGGGUGUGCUAUCGCCGACUGGAACGUGCAAGACCUUUGAUGCGUCUGCCGAUGGUUACGGGCGUGGUGAAGCAAUUAAUGCUAUCUACAUUAAGACCUUACGACAGGCCAUACAGGACGGAGAUCCCAUCAGGGCAGUCAUCCGAGGUACGAGCGUUAACUGUGACGGCCAGACCCAAGGAAUGCUCACCCCAAGCCCAACCGCGCAAGAGGUACUGAUGCGCCGUGCAUACGAGAUGGCUGGUAUUACUGACCUCGGCGAGACUGCCAUGAUCGAAUGCCACGGUACCGGCACCUCGGUGGGGGAUCCUCUCGAGACCACCGCUGUGGCCAAGUGCUUUGGCGAGACUGGUAUAAUCAUUACCUCGGUCAAACCCAAUGUCGGCCACUCCGAAGGGGCGGCCGGCUUGACGAGUCUCAUCAAAGGAGUUUUGGCACUGGAACACCGUCAAGUGCCGCCUAACAUCCACUUUUCCGAACCAAAUCCCGACAUCCCUUUCAAGACCGGCAAGCUGCACGUCCCUGUGGAGGUUGAGCCAUGGCCUGCGGACCGUGCCGAGCGAGUCAGCGUCAAUUCCUUCGGCAUCGGCGGUGUCAAUGCUCAUGUUAUUCUUGAAUCCCCCCGUCAAUCCGGGAUCAUGGAUCAAAUGUCACGCCCCGACCCUGUUCCUGGGGACGAGAACGCCCAUUUGCUGCUCUUCUCCGCCCACAGCGCAGUUUCCCUGCAGACUUCCAUCGCCGCCCAUCAAGCGUACAUUGAGCAAGGUCAUGCCCCCUUGCAGGAUGUGGCAUACACGCUCGCCAAUCGCCGGUCCCAUCACACCUAUCGCGCUUAUGCGGUUACAGACGACCAAAAGUCCUGGAAUGUGUCGACAGCGGAAGCUGUCAGUUUGCCCCCACGCAUUGUGUGGGUAUUCACGGGACAGGGAGCACAAUGGCCGCAGAUGGGGGCAGAGCUUCUGGAGGUAAAUGCCACCUUUCGGGACACAAUUCAGAAGUUGGACCGAUUUUUACGCACACUACCCAGUCCACCGCCAUGGACCAUCGAAGCCGAGCUACGCAAGCCAGACAGGAUCAGUCGAAUCCACGAAGCCGUCAUGGGCCACCCCCUGUCCAUUGCCCUCCAGAUUGGGCUUAUUGAUGUGCUGCGGUCCUGGGGCAUCGUCCCCACGGCCGUGCUGGGUCACUCAUCGGGGGAGAUGGCAGCUGCAUAUGCCUCCGGUGCCAUCACUGCCGAGGAGGCGAUGGCUGCAGCCACCUUCCGAGGCGCGAGCCACGAGACCUCCUCGCGCAAAGGAGCCAUGGCGGCUAUCGGCCUGGGUCCCAAAGAAGUGCGGCCCCUACUCCAACAAGGAGUUGUGAUUGCUUGUGAAAACAGUCAUCAGAGCGUGACGAUCUCAGGAGACACCGAACGCGUCGAGGAGGUGGUGCGUCGUAUUCAAGAGGAGCAACCGGGGACUUUUGCUCGGUUCCUACGCGUGGAGAAGGCUUUCCAUUCACACCAUAUGCAGGAGUAUGGACCUCACUACGAAGAGCAUCUCCAGCCAUUUCUUCAAAGCAGGUGCCCCGGGAUCCCAUUCUACUCGACGGUCACGGGCGACAGGUUAACGGGAGAUGGCUUAGGCGCCACUUACUGGCGUCAGAAUAUGGAAAGCCCGGUGCUGUUUAAUGCAUGCGUCCGCUCCGUCUUACGGGACCACCCUGAAAAGCUUGUUUUCAUCGAAAUUGGACCGCACCCUGCGCUUAAAGGCCCUAUCCGACAGAUCCUUCACGACGUCCAACGCCCCGACGUCGGGCACGUGGGAACCCUCCAGCGAUCACAACAAUGUCAGGAAAGCCUCCUGCAGUGUGCAGGCAUGCUGUUUCAGUACAAUGUUUCUCUUGACCUCGCAAAGGUCUGCCCCCCGGGUCAGUGUGUCACAAACCUACCCCGUUAUGCCUGGCAGAAAGACGUGUCCCACUGGGCCGAGCCACGCUUAGCCCGCGACUGGCGCUUUCGAGCAUAUCCGCCGCACGAACUUCUGGGAAGCCGGGUAAUUGAAAUGGGCCAUGAGCCGUCGUGGAGGAAUUUACUGGCCUUGGAACACCUUCCUUGGCUGGAAGGCCAUCGCGUCAGUGAUCACACCGUUUUUCCUGCCGCAGGUUAUGUUUCUAUGAUCGGGGAGGCUCUGCUUCAGUUGGAAGGAGAACCCGUUUACUCGCUUAGAAACAUCAGCAUCUGUACAGCAUUGACAUUGCAAACGGAAAGGUCGACGGAGGUCCUGACAAGUCUCCACCCACUAUCACUGGACUCAUCGGAGGCGUCUCCAUGGUAUUCAUUCAGCAUUAGCUCCUUUGACGGAACCCGCUGGGUGCGAAACUGCUACGGUGAGGCUAGAGCGUCCGUGGAUAAAUCUGUAGCUAGGAACGUCGACGAGUCAGCGGUACCAUUGCCGCGUCCAGUUGAUCAAAGAACCUGGUACAAUGUCCUGCGGCAGGUGGGCUUGGAUUACACGGGGGCAUUCCGUGGUCUGCGAUCCAUCUCAGCUGCGACAGUGGAUAACAGAGCCACUGCGACCGUCCCGUGGCAGAACAUCCACGGAAGUGCACAUUAUGCGGUCCAUCCCGGAAUGAUCGACCAGUGCUUCCAGUUAUUCACCGUGUCUGUCUGUCGCGGUCAGGCACGGAAAUGCCGUCAUCCCGCCGUCCCAACUUUCAUCGAAGAAAUGGUCGUUAUUCCCACCAAGGGUAGUGUAGAGGUGGAUUCCCAUAUUCCUACAUCUGAGGGAGGAUCAUAUGUUGGCGAGCUUGUUGCCCAUUCAGCAGGCGAGCUUGUCCUGUCGGUGAAAGGGUUCAAGGCUUCUGCCCUCACUGCAGAGAGUGCUGUCUCGGAAGAUGUACCGCUAAUAACCCAGUUGGAGUGGAAACGAGACGCCGACUUCGCUGAUUUGUCGGAAUUGAUGUACCCCCGUAGGCACUGUCCUUCUGAAUGGGCCCUACUGGAGGAACUUGUUCUUUUGUGUAUGCUGGAGCAUCGGGGGCAGUUACAACUCGACGAGCAGACCCCCGAGCAUCUCCGGGUGUUCUUUGCAUGGCAAAAGACUCAGCUAGACCGAUACAGGAGAGGGUCGAACAUUUUGGUGCCUGCAGAUCUCGAGCUCGAAAGCAUGAGCCGUGCAAAUCGUCUGGCUCGCGUGGAUGCCCUAGUGACCCAAGUCAAGGCCUCGCCAUAUGCAGUCUUCGCCACCGCGGUACAUCGCCUUUUCAUGGCCGCACCAACUAUCUUCACCGGUGAAACACAUCCCCUACAGGUCCUCCGGCAAGACCAAAUUUUUGAGGAGUUUUGUGCUGUCACGGACUCUCUAGAAUACGCAGAUGCGGUGGCGCUCUUAGGUCAUAGCAACCCCGUCAUGCGUGUCCUGGAGGUCGGCGCUGGGACAGGCGGAACUACCCGGAAGAUCCUCCAGGCACUUACCUCGUCCAAUGGCGAGCGCUUGUACAGCAGCUAUACCUAUAGCGAUGUUUCACCAGGAUUCUUGACGACAGCACAGGAGCAGUUUGCCGACCGCGAAGGCAUGCUAUAUGCUGUAUUUGAUAUCACGCAAGACCCUGCAACUCAGGGCCUCGAGCUGGGGCAGUACGACUUAAUCGUUGCUAGUAAUGUCGUGCAUGCCACGCCGUGUUUGCAGACCUCUCUUCGACACCUCCGCAGUUUGCUGAGCCCCCGAGGUCGUCUCUUCUUGCAUGAGCUCUGUCCUGAGGCCAAGUUUUAUGAUUAUGUUAUGGUAGCUGUCCUCCCAACUUUCCAGCCUGCAGAUCCCCCGCUCCACCGGUGUCAAUCUGUCUCGAUAGCUAAUAGCUUUGAGGAGCCCGAUGCAGUUGUGCUUGAUGGGGUUGUUCCAUAUCAUAGCAACGCAGGCAUGAUCGUUUCAACGGCCUGUCCGCGAACAAUUCCCUCUAGGGUGACUCUGUUGUGUUACACCCCAACAGGACCAUACGUGGAAGGUCUUAUUCAUCUCCUACAUGACCUGAAAAUCUGCGUGGACAUCUGCACCCUAGGCGAGCCUCUGGCCCCCACGCAGGAUGUAAUAUCUGUACUAGACCUGCAAGAGCCUACAAUCCACGGCAUGUCAGAGACAACGUUCAAGGUAAUACUGGGAUAUUUACAAACACUCAAGGAGAAGAUGCUGUGGGUCACCCGUGCGUCACAGGUGAAAUGCAAAGAUCCCAGAGCUUCCAUGAUACUGGGACUGGCGCGCACCGCCCGCAAUGAGUUGUCGGCUAGGCUGAUGACGGUGGAGGUGGACAACGUGACUCCGAGCUCAACUGCAGCGCAUUUAACGAUCAAAAUCUUUCUCCGUGGUCCUCUUUCCGACCUUGCGCCUGACUCCAUGAGUCCGGAUUGGGAAUAUGCUAUCGUUGACGGGGAGGUUCUGGUGCCCCGUGCACAUUGGACUAAUAUUUCCGAGGCCUUUUCGCAUCUCCGCACCAGAGCCCCCUCGACGCGGAAACGGCUCGCCAUUGAGACGCCGGGCUUGCUUCAUACUCUAGGGUGGACGGAGAAUGAGAUUGACAGCUUGGCAGACGACGAGGUCCUCGUUGAGACCAGAGCAGUCGGCUUGAACUUUCGUGAUGUGCUGAUCGGUCUGGGGGUGCUUGACAACAGCGCUAGAGAGGUGGGACUUGAAGGUGCUGGCAUUAUACGAGCCGUCGGUGCCCAGGUCGAAACUCUCUCUGUCGGUGACCAUGUAAUGUAUAUGUCCAGUGGGUGCUUCGCUACCCAUGUAACUUUACCAGAGGCUAUCUGCGUCCGAAUGGAUGGGAAUAUGUCCUUUGAGAUGGCGGCAUCGCUGCCGUGUGUAUUCGCUACAGCUGCCAUGGCUUUGGUGGAUAAGGCAAGAUUAGGGAAGGGCCAGUCCGUUCUGAUCCAUUCUGCGUGCGGUGGAGUCGGCUUGGCUGCGAUUCAAAUCGCCCAGAUGGUAGGAGCACAGAUAUACUGCACCGUGGGGAGUGAGGAAAAGGCACAGUAUCUGAUCGACCAUUAUCACAUUCCGCGCGAGAACAUCUUUCAUUCCCGAGAUGCAUCCUUCCAGCGGGACAUCAUGACGGCCACCAGAAAUCGUGGUGUUGAUGUGGUGCUCAAUUCCUUGUCCGGGGAGCUAUUGCUGGCCUCAUGGAAAUGUGUUGCCGAGUUUGGGACUAUGGUCGAGAUCGGCAAACGAGACUUCCGCCGCCGUGCGAAGCUUUCCAUGGAGGCCUUCGAGGCCAAUCGAACAUUUGUUGGGCUUGACCUUUGGCAGCUAUCUCAACAAAGGCCCAGGCAAGCCGCUGAGCUCCUAGAGCGUUGUGCGGACUGGAUACGGUCUGGGGCCAUCUCCUUAGAUGCCCCGGCCAACAUCUUCCCGGCCAACCGAAUCCAAGAUGCCUUCAGAUUCAUGCAGGCAGGUCGACACAUUGGGAAAAUUAUCAUUACUAUGCCUGAUGACCCCAUUGAUCUUGGAUCAGUGCCUGGGAAACCCUCCAUCACUCUGCGGCCCGACCGCAGCUACCUUCUUGUGGGUGGGCUAGGGGGGCUGGGCCGCGCGGUAGCUUCCUGGAUGGUCGAGCUCGGGGCCCGACAUCUCAUCUUCCUCUCCCGCUCUGCCGGUAAGCUCCCUGAGACUGUCCAGUUUGCAGCUGAGCUUCGAUCCCAGGGUUGUGAGGUCCAAUUGAUUACAGGCAGCGUAUCUGAGACAGAUGAUGUCCAUAAUGCAGUUAAUGCAGCGACUAUGCCAGUGGCUGGCGUCAUAAAUAUGUCGAUGAUCUUAAAGGAUGUAUCACUGGCGGACAUGAACUUCUCCGACUGGACUAGCGUGGUGGAACCCAAGGUUCAGGGGACCUGGAAUUUGCACCAUGCCACCUCUGCUGACCUGGACUUCUUCAUUCUAUUCUCUUCGUAUAGUGGGAUUGCUGGUCAAUGGGGACAGGCAAACUAUGCGGCCGCCAACACCUUUCUUGAUGCUUUUGUGCAAUAUCGACAUGGAAAGGGCCUGCCAGCAUCAGUGAUAGAUGUCGGCGUUAUGGGUGAGGUGGGUUUUGUAUCACAGAAUGAGGCUCUAUUCGACCGCUUCGCGAAGAGUGGUAUGCAUAUCUUGAAGGAGCAGGAUCUUCUGGAUGCAAUGGUUCUCGCCAUCGCACGAUCAGCUCCUGAACCCACCGGAGCCCAGGCUGGGACGUACUGCAAUGCCAGUCAGAUUCUACUCGGUGUACACACUACCAUUCCCAUAUCGACCCGCUCCAGCCGAGUAGCCUGGAAGAACGAUAUUCGGAUGAGCAUCUAUCAUAAUAUCCAUGGGGGCAGCGAGGUAUCCCCGGCUGGAACCUCAGACCACAACAGCCUCCGAGGAUUCCUUGCUGCAUGUGGCUCUCGACCCGAGAUCCUGGAAGAGGAAGAAGCCACAACAAGGAUUGCGCAGGCAUUGGGCUUGGCGCUAGCAAACUUUCUCCUGCGCGAUGCUCAUGCCAUCAGUGCCCACGACUCCCUUCCGGCGCUAGGGGUCGACUCUCUUGUGGCCAUGGAGGUCCGAAACUGGAUUCGGCAGCAGCUCGAUGUGGAUGUCAGUGUCUUCGUGCUCCUGCAAAGCCUGUCGCUACUGCAUGUAGCUGAUCACCUUCGCCUGGCUCUUGUUGCUCGCCUCGCGGCCAACGGGCCUACCGCUGUCGAGGCAUGCACCAAAGGCCAACUGGUCCGGCGAAGUCCCAAUUCUAAAUCAUCGAGGGAUAGCAAUGUCCCGUGCCAGUACAGCUACACCCAAAAGCUUGGCAAACCCAAGGGCAGCCGGAACAAGAGGACACUUGCUAGGCUGAACGCAUCCAGCAGUGGGCGACAGGGGCCAGCAAGGACCCCGGACAGACUGCUACCAUUAUCGUUGCCAGUUUCAAAUACCCCUUCUCCAACAAUUGCCGAGACCCCUUCGAGGGCUUUACUAGAUUAUCAGCCAUUGGAGGCCGAUCUCGAAUGUCCCUGGGUAGACCCUUUCUUCGAUCUCGAUGCUACAGUGUAUCCUCCACCACCGGAUGGAGGCCUGUGUCAGCUCGAACCCACCUACCCAACCUUGGAAAACGGAACCGAAAACGGGCAGUCCAAUGAAAUUAACACAUUUGAUUCCACACAGCAGCAUCCAGACACAAGGCUCACAUCCCCAAUCGGUACUACUUUCAACGACGACAUAUAUAAAGUUGACGUUCAACCGCGUGUGGUUACACAGAAGCCGAAUGCUACAACCCCCAGCCACAUUCCGGCUUCUUACCCUCCCAACAGGGCACCCUUCGGCACUUCUAUCACUUCAUCCCUCCUCUUUGAAAAUCCCAGCCCAAUCCAGCGCGAAGGGGGAACCUCAUGUUCCUGCCUCCGGCUGCUAACAGAACAACUCUAUCUCCUCCAUUCUACGGAACGCAACAACCUUGCCAUACCGUUCGAUCGGGUUCUAUCAAUGGCUUCAACGUUCAUUGGCUGUGCUGACGGUGUCCUACACUGUGUGCUGUGCCGACUUGACAGCACGGUAUUGCGACUAAUCAUGACGGCGCUCCAGACAAUUUUCAGCUGGGUUUAUAUGGGUUAUAGCGAGCAGCCCGGGUCCCCCAAACUGCCCCCCAUUCACUUUGGCGAUUGGAGGGUUCCGGAGCAGGGUGGGGAAAUGGUGAAGCUGCUGCUUACAAAGCACAUGCUAUCCCUCUGUCGCUCUGUGGUUCGUAUCCUACAGCUCCGGGUGGAUGAGAUGCAUCUACUUGCCAAAGUCCAAACGAGGUUUCAUUGUAUGGACACUGCAAGCAUGAGCGUUCUAGCAGAACGACUAUCUAGCUCACUGUCGGAUGUUAUUCACCUGGUUCAGCAUUGCGGCAAGGGGAAGGAUGUGAUCCCCGACUCGCCGUCAUCUCAAAAGAGCCCUGAAAAAAGUGAAACUGUCGCAGAGUCGGGUUAG